CAAUCAACCAGAUUUAACUAAGAAGAUCUGGGGUGGAAGAAUGAAGUUUUUACAUUUUCACUUAAAACGUAAUUCAAGCUAAAUUCGUUCCAUUCGCCAUAAUGGUUUGUGCAGAUGUUGAGUCAGUCCUCCUCGCUCAGGCAGGCAAGUGGAAAAUUCAUCGGGAGCUAUGAUACCUGAUAGGCUUUGUGUGGAAAAAAGUCGUGUAAUCCGUAGCUUUAGAAGGGAAAAUCACUACACGAGAAGCACGUUUGAACUCCCUGUCAAAUACACGGAGGAGCUCAUAUAUUCAUUGAAAUGUAAACAUAUUUUUCCGCUGAUAUAAGAAAUAAGUUUAAACGCUUUGAUUCGUGAGUAGACGCAAGGUAAACGGGCGCACAAGAAGUUAGCGAAGAAUCCAUACUAAAGUAGGUCCCUUCUUUAGAUUGGGUUUUUAUUUGAUCACUUUGGCCAGUGUCGGCAAUGCGCACGGCAAUGCGCGCGUCAGUGGCGGCGCACAUGUAGUGCUGCGGAGCGAUUGGAGUUCGACUCGCUCGAGGAAAGAGAGGAGGGCGGUCAAAGCGUGACUGCAAACGUGGGCUUCUCGCCCUGUCGGCUCACUCCCUUGCAGUGCUUCGGACGCAAAAGUCUGCAUUGCGCUCCAGUUUCCGGCCAAAUCCUUCUUGCAUUCUGAAGACCGUUGGGUGAUGCAAUGCCACGGAAACACAGCGGAGAUGAAGGCGCCACCGGGCUCUGGAUGAGGACCUCGGCGGUGCACCACCGCGCCGAAGGCUACGGCAUGAAAGAUGUCGAAUCCGGACGAAAGAUGAUGAACAGUGCGGGAGACGGCUUGCUGUCAACCUCCAACGCCGUCGGGUCCGAAAGUCUGCGAGGGAAGCAAGGAGCCCGGCUCAGCUUGCUCGGCAAGCCGCUCAUAUACAGCGCGCAAAGCGGUCGCAGGAAUGUGCGCUACCGGCGGCUCCAAAACUACCUGUACAACGUUUUAGAGAGACCGAGAGCCUGGGCCUUCAUCUACCAUGCCUUUGUGUUCAUCUUGGUCUUCAGCUGCCUGGUCCUCUCAGUCUUCUCAACUAUUCCAACUCACCAGGAUUUCUCCUCUUAUUGUCUGCUUAUUUUGGAGUUUGUCAUGAUUGUGGUGUUUGGCUUGGAGUACAUCAUCCGCAUCUGGUCAGCAGGAUGCUGCUGUCGCUAUAGAGGAUGGCAGGGACGACUCCGCUUUGCCAGAAAGCCUUUCUGCGUCAUUGAUAUCAUAGUGCUGAUUGCAUCAGUUGCUGUGGUGUCGGCAGGUAGCCAGGGCAACAUCUUUGCCACUUCAGUCCUGCGUAGCCUUCGUUUCCUACAGAUCCUACGCAUGGUGAGGAUGGACCGAAGAGGGGGCACAUGGAAGCUGCUAGGUUCUGUGGUCUACGCACACAGCAAGGAGCUGGUUACUGCUUGGUACAUUGGUUUCUUGGUUCUCAUCUUCUCUUCAUUCCUUGUCUACCUUGUGGAGAAUAAAUUCAAUAAGGAUUUUGCCACAUAUGCUGAUGCCUUAUGGUGGGGCACGAUCACCCUGACAACCAUUGGCUACGGGGAUAAGACACCAAAGACAUGGACAGGAAGGAUGUUGUCUGCAGGUUUUGCACUGUUGGGGAUCUCUUUCUUUGCCUUACCUGCAGGUAUUCUGGGCUCAGGUUUUGCUUUGAAGGUCCAAGAGCAGCACAGACAGAAGCACUUUGAAAAGAGGAGAAACCCUGCAGCCUACCUCAUCCAGUGUGUUUGGCGUAGUUACGCAGCUGAUGAACACUCGGUUUCCAUUGCUACCUGGAAGCCUCACUUGAAGGCGUUGCAUACCUGCAGCCCUACAAAAAAAGAACAAGGAGAACCAACAACAAGCCAGAAACUCAGCUUCAAGGAGCGUGUGAGGAUGGCUAGCCCGAGAGGUCAGAGCAUAAAGAACAGGCAAACAUCCUCAGUGAAUGACCGUCGUUCUCCAGUAGCAGAGGCUGGUACAGAGGCUACCAGCCCUGCCAAGGUACAAAAGAGCUGGAGUUUCAAUGACCGCACCCGUUUUCGACCCUCACUGCGCCUUAAAAGCCAGUCGCGGUCCACCACUGAUGAUUCUAACAUGGCAGGAGAGGAUGGUUUUGAUGAGAAGGGCUGUCAUUGUGAGAUCUCAGUGGAGGACUUACUGCCUUCUGUUAAGUGUGCCAUCAGAGCGAUAAGAAUAAUGAAGUUUCAUGUUGCAAAGAAGAAAUUCAAGGAGACCCUGCGUCCAUAUGAUGUGAAAGAUGUAAUUGAGCAAUACUCUGCAGGUCAUUUGGACAUGUUGUGCCGCAUAAAGAGUCUACAAACCAGACUGGACAUGAUUGUAGGCCCACAGCCCCUGAGCAGCCGUGCCAAGACUUUUUCCUCCCCCUCCUUGCCUCUCUAUUACAGCCAGGGCCGAAAGAACUCCACCCAAGGGGUGGACCAAAUCCUUGGGAAGGGACAGAUCCCCCUGGACAAGAAGAUUCGUGAGAAGUUGUUGUCUGAUGGAGAUCUGCUGGAGGACAUGAGCAUGCUGGGGCGUGUUUGUAAAGUGGAACGCCAGGUCCAGUCAAUUGAGUCAAAGCUCGACUCAUUGCUCGACAUCUAUCGGCAGGUUCUGCGGAAGGGCUCAUCCACAGCUCUCACGCUCUCAUCUUUGCCACUGUUUGAGCUGGAACAAACUUCUGACUACCAGUCCUCUGUCUUCAGCAAGGAUCUGUCCUUCCCCGGCCAGGUCAACAGUAACGCUCCUGGCGGUUGUGUCACAGGCUCCUCGACUAAUCCCCACUUGUCCCAGGGAGGACUUCAUCUCAUCCUGGCAACCCAAAAUGAUCUUGACCUUAAUCCCCCCAGCACUACUCCACCCUCUGGCCCUGCGUCCUCAUCUUUCAGCCCAUCACCAUUGCCACAUUACCACCACCAUCACCACCAUUGUCAUGCCCAACAUCACACCCAGGAUCAGUCCACCACACCAGAAAGUGGCAAUGAUGAAACAGUGGGGAGUUCUCCUCCCAUCCUCACACCAAACAGUAUCUGCACUGGUUUGGGUGGAGGAACACCGGAUGGUGGAUUUUGUCUUCUGGCAACGCUCUCGCCUCCACCUCCUCCAAACAGGAAUGUAGGUCUUAGCAAUUUGAUGCGAGCAUCCUCCGAUGAAAAUUCCCCUGAAAUUGAAAACUUGUGUGGAAGUGUAGGAUUGCAAAUACAGGGCGGCUACAUUGGGGAGGAAGUUGGCCCAGAUUUGGGGCUCGGCACACUGGGAAAGCACCAACGGGGUAGCGCCAACAACAAGGGCAGACUAAAUGCCAAGGAGGAGGGCUCCUGGAGGAGACAUAUGAGUCUUGAGCUGGAACCCCUGGUGCCCACAACCAUAAGCUGCUGCUCAGGUCCCAGUCAGGUAGAUCACAGAUCGAUGUCAGUGCAGGACUUGAUGCAGGCAGCCCAUGGAAAAAUGCAAGGCAGCCACUGCAUAAUUUCACCCCCAACCCGCAGUAGGAACACUUCCACUGGCUUCCAAAGAAGUUGCCAAGACCUAGGCGCAGGACUAACUGACAAAGGUGGUUGGGGGGAAGAAGACCUUUUUAUCAAUGACGCGGAAGUAGAGAUGCAGGGAUUUGAUUUCCUGUCACAUGGGACAGUUAAGACUCCCUCAUAUUCCUCAGAACUGUUGAGAACAGAGGCAAUGGCAAGUGGGGUACCACGGGGGUCCAACCAUGGCCUGACCACUGCUCAUUCAUCCCCCCCUUCUGUUGGCAGCACUGAAUUACUGAAAAUGCAGCGUGUACGAUUAAAAUAGACUGGGGUGUAUGUUCAGAGGGCAUGGAAAUUUCACCUCAUAAAAGGACAGCUUUUUAUCAUUUUUGAAAGAGUGUGAAGGUUGAAUGAAAUAGGGUCCUUUUUUUAUUUUGUUGCUAGGAGUUGAUAAUCACAGUAUUUUCACACUGAUCAUGAGACAGAUAUAAUAUUUUACUGUUCAAUGCAUGAAGUAGACAUGUUUCAUUAAAAACUUUAGGCAUUUAGUUAAUAUGCCAGUACCUAUUGAAUAUCAAAGAGCAAGCCAGUUUGCAGUACAUUCCAAAAAAUUAAGUGUGGGCUCUGAUCGUAGGCAAAUUACUUUAUGAUUUAUCAUUCUGGUCAUUUCUAUCAUAUCAUUCAAAAAUAUACAGUAUACUUUUUAAUGAUCAUGCCCCUAUUGCAAUACAGAAUGCCUCCUGUGUAAUUAAGAUGUCACGACAAGACCAUUGUGCGAUGCUUUCAACUGUAUUUUAAAGGCAUCAUGUACAAUGGUAAUGUAUGCCAUAAAGAUGUUUUAAUAUUGAAUCUGCAAAUAAGUUUGCCCUUGGGUUGUUAACGUUUAGGCAACCAUGACCAAACUGGCAAAAUGUUGAAAGGCUGUUAGUCAGUGUUCUCAAAAUGUGUACAAAGAAGUCUAAAUCCAACAUUCUGUUGUACAGAGUUGGCUUUUAGAUUGCAACAAUUUUACAAGUUUCUUGGUUUACUUUAGAAGAUAAAAAUUGUGUGCUUGUUAAGUAAAUGUAGGCUUGAUUUAUGGUAAUUUCAAAUUACACGAUUGUGGAAUGUACAAUUCAAUUAAUGCUGCAAUGCUCAUGUCAUUAAAAUGCAAGUUGCUGCCUCAAAAUGGCAUUAAAAUUACUUGUAAAUCUC